CUUGGAGUAGUUCAGGGUUCAUGUAGGUCGGACUAGUAGUAUAAAACAAAAUCGCAUAUCGACCGAGAACAAGAACGCUUGGUCCCUAUCCUGCGGCGAAAAGAAAAUAAUGGGGAUCCCGGGUCUCACCAUGUCGCUGCAAAAGUAAGAAUACCCACACCCACCGAGACUAGUCAACAUGACGUCCAUGCCCCAUCCAGCUGCUGUGCCAUGGAGAUUUAUACAUACCUAGUAGUAUUACUGACUGGAGACCCAACGUAUUCGGCCAAACCGACACAAGCUCAGAUCGCAGAGUGUAAAUGCAGAUGCGAAGAUUACGCACGCGGAUGCGACCCCAGGCCGAGAAUGUCGAAAAUCGUCCUCUUCUCAGCGCCUCUGCGGCCGUUCGCGGAUUAUACUGCCCACGCAGAAAAAGUACGUACUCGAUACCCCAGCUUUGUCAGUUUCCGAAAAGGAGCGACGAUUGGGGAAUGCUGGAGGUCGCUUGCGGCUGCAUGGGGCGGUAUCCCAAGCAACAAGGGCACGCUGAGACACGACUCAAUCAGUGAGAACGGAUGGUCCAGCAAUUUGGAGUCCUCGCACGUUCUCGGCCAUGCUCAAAGCAGAGACACACAGCCAGAGUAUAACCUAAGAAUAGUCCUCCUUCUUCCAUCUCUAUCCCUUGUGUCUGUCCUUACCAUGUUCUAGACCACACAGCUCAGCUGCAAACAUUGUUUUGAUGCUAUCGUUGCAAUAAUAUCACCAUGGGCUAUGGCCUCGAACAUGCCACUUUUUUUCACAGUGCUUUCCAAACUUCCCUGUUUUGCCAGCGCAAAGGACUAGUCCCAGGUCCCGUUCGCUAGGCCAGGCUAGCCUGGACAGACGUCAAAGGCGCACUCGAGUUUGCCAAGCAGGUCCAAUGUCCAGUCCGGUAGUGGCGCCAGGCCGUCGCUGUGAGUGGUGGCGGCAGGGGGUCGGAGUACGGCAUUUGACAAGUAACUAGCAGGGUGCAAGAUUCGAUCGGGGGCCGGGAAGCGUGUGCCAAUAGCAGGCCGAAAGCAAAGCC